CAAAGUGACGUAACCGCUAGGGCGGCGCGCACACGGCCGCCGUCAGCCGCCUGUUCAGUACGUCCGUGUAAUUGCUCCCGCCGUGUUGCACUCGACGCCUUGCGUCUGCGGUCCAGUGCACUGUGUUAUCUACGCGGUUGAUUCCGCGAGGCAGGUGAGGUUGGGGCCGGCGUGGCCCCGGCCGUUAAGAGUGUGCCCAUCUUGGCAUUGAUCGCAUCUCGUCUAGUCCAAUGUUUAUAAACAGCCGGCCGCAUCCAUUCGCUCCCUCUUGUUUUUGAUACAUUUGCUUGACAGCGUGCGAUUUGGACGGCUGAUCCUGAAUGCACCGGCCGCAACGACGCUCAACUCGGAUUCAGUGCACGUGUUGAACUCAUUUAACGGGAAUUGCUCAGCUGGAAUCGAAAGAGAUCGCUUAUAAAGAGAAACCAGAUUUGAUCUCUUCAGAGUGUCGAGGAACAACGCUGUGAGUGGCAAUAAGACUUUGAAAGCUGUUUUGUAAACAUGGACGGUUGUAUUAUGAUACAAGUUUGAGACUGACACGUGAACAAAAUACGGCGGAAGAGUUCAUGUGGGUAAAGCAAGGACACUAGGCAGCCAUGCUGUCGUACAUGGUGCCGGUAGAGGAGAAGCCUCCGCCAGUGCCUGGCAAGGGGAGGCUGGCGCUGGAGCUGGUGGGCAGCCCCGGCAGCCCCGAGUCGAGCGCGCGCCGAGCUCGCUCCACAAUAACCAACAUCUCCAAAGAAUCCUCCACUAGUUCCUUUGCCAGUGAUCUCACUCUAUCGUCGUCCACGCCCACGGGCGCACAUGACAAACCAAAGCACAAGCUACUUGGAAAUGGAACCAAACACACAACUUUAAAGAGGGUGUCGUUUGGCAGUUCGAAGGGGUCGAUGGUGGAGACCCUAAUUUACGAGAGUCCCCUACAAGAGGAGCCGGAGAGCAGUCCGCCGCCGAAAGUACAGGAGACAUCGUUCCCCUACACACCCGUCGAAGACGAUUCGGAGCGUUCGAAGGUUCGCGUGUCAUUCUACCAAGGGGCGCGGCCGCAGUGCUUGUCCCCUCCUCCUCCGGUACCGCAACCAGAUUCCCACGUUCUUUACGCGGCCCUGCUCUCGGCUGCCGCUAACGUCGACAUGGUGGACCACAAUAUGUACAACAGACAGAUCAGCACGGAGAGCGGGUGGGACAACCCGUUCCGUCCCGAUGGUGAUCUGAGUCGCGAGGCCGACGAGAUUGUGUCCCUGAUCAAGGGCGGCAAGCCGAUCACCCCAACACCACCGCCUGCGGCAACCCCGCAGCUAGCCUGCGACGAAAAAGAAGAAAAAGUGCAAGCGAAUAAUGUUAACGCUAAUGCUCCGCCAUCGCCGCAGACGAAGCUAGCGAGCCCAGAGCAGCAGAGCACUCCAAAGGCGAUGAACGGCACUAAGAACGGCGCGGCUGUGGCAGAGGUGCGCGCCGGGCAGGUGGAGGUGCAGCGCUCGCCGCCGCAGGAGCCGCAGCAGCCGGAGCACGUCACCAUCAGGAAGAAGCCCAAGUGCAAGUGCUGCGCCAUCCAGUAAACGAGCCAGUGCGGUCUCUUCUUCGCUUCACACCGGUAACACGCUAUGCUUUAUGAUGGCGUACUGCCAACCUUGGUGUUUACUCGGUGCUAAGUAUUUCAUUUUAAACAUAUGUCUUAUGUUCAUCUUUGAAAUAUUUCUAAACCUAUAGGUACUAUUUACAAAACAUAGGUUCAUUGUACCUACUAUUUACAAAAUUCAUUGCAAGUACGGCAGCUAUUUUUGUGUAACAUAUACAUUAUUGUCGUAUUAGUUUCAGUGCUUGUUUGAAUAACUAGUAGGUAGCAGUUUUAUUGUAUCUGUUAUCUUAAUUAAUGUUUUUGAUAUAAUUUUUAUGUAGUAAGUUUUUAUCAAACUUUUAGGGUACAAACAUGAAAGUAUUUAUUUCGAUUAGCUAGUCUGAAGGAAAAUUGAGUUGGAGCUCAGUUAAUUAGUUGUCACGCUAAUAAAUUAUUAUUUGUCAUAAGAGGACACGAGUGAAUGCAUUAUACGCAUGAAACACAAACAAAUAAUGAACAUUUCAUAAAGAAAAUAUCACUUUAGAGAAUCUCACAAAAUUUUAACAGAGCUUAAGCUAAGAGAGAUAUUGUAAAGCUCGAUUAUAUCAAACUUAUGCAGCUAAAAUGUUAUUUCCAUUUUGCUCAUUUUAAUCAAUUGAAAUAUAUAGAAAUAUUAUCAUAACUUUGAAAAUCAUUUAUUUAAAAACUGUUACUUUAAGAGUUGACUCUGUGUUGAAUAAUAUUAAAAUACAUAAUUUAAAUGUAUAUUUUUAUAUCUUUAUUUAUAAAAGAAGUAUUAUAAACCAUACAAAGUUGGUAACCAAGUAUCGACUAUAUCAUUGAAGAUUUAUAGAUAUUACGACAAAUGUAUUUUGCCAUGUUUCUAUGCUAGCACGAAUACUAUUGGUAAAUUUUAUCUAUUCGCAGUUCACUAUAGUUUUAGCUGAGUCGCUAAAACGAUAUUGAACUACCAGUCUAGUUCUCAAACAGCAAAAGUAGUCUGAAAGUGAUUCAUCAAUAGCAUUUGUGUGCAGCCGUAAAAAUCCUAUAGAUUAAUGUAGGUAAAUGUUAACUGUUAUAUUAUUAAAAGUAGCCUCCUUCAUAAUUCCACGCUUGCAUCCAGUAGUGUCGACACGAACCAUUUUACAUUUUGACGAUAUUGUGGUUACUAAGCAGCUGGGGUAAUAUUUACGAGCCUACUUAAAAUUACAUAUUUCUUUGACAGAAACAACAAGACUGUAUUUAUUUGCUAUUUAUAUUCGGAAGCAUAUUGGGGUUAACUGGUUAGUGAAAACGAUUACUAGCCAAUACUAUAGGAAAUUAUAUAAGCAGAAGUAGCUUGUCGCAAUUAUUUUAUAGUAUUUGCUGGCGGAAAGUGUAAUGGAGUCAUUAGUAUACAUGACGAAUUUGAUUAUAUAAGCUAGUUUCUGCUGAGGAAUAGAUUUAUCUGAAGUAUGAACCGAUGGACGAUAUUCCUAAAACCAAAUAAGAAAAUAACGAAAUGCAAUCGAUUUGUAAUAUAAAUACGAAUAACAAAUGGCUGGACAAAACAGUUAUAGUUAGUAAUGUGUAUAAAAUCGAUAGGAUCCAAACGGAUAGAGUUUAUAAGGUAGCUAGAAGUAAUUAGGAAGGAAAUAGCAUUAUUAACUUCGUUAAUUUUAAACAAAUAAAUUAUUUUCGACUUUGUUUAGGUUUUUUGUAUUUGUAGGUGAAGCUUAGGAUUGCGGUUGUAGAACAUCAGCGAGUGAUUAUAGUACUGAAGCCGACACUGUGUCGCCGUAGGGGAAACAAACCAGCAGGCAGCUAAUCCGCGUCACGUCUGGGAACAAACGUGUGCAUCGAUCUGUCCUACACGUCCCAGACGCGUCACUGCGGCGAAUACGUAACAUUGUGCGUAGCUAUGUUGGCUCACACCAACGAAACAAAUUGUCGAUAUAUUGUAAUACCGUCUAAAUGUCCACCUAUAGCAUGGCUUGGCAAACAUCACUUUCAAUUUAUCGCAACAUAGCUUUGUGGUGUCAAUGCAACUAUGUAUCGGUGUUAAUUGUUAACCUAUAGUUAAAUGUCCAUAGAUAUAUCUGUCUGCACUAGAAUGUUAGAUGACUUACAAUUUCCUACAUCGCCAAGCUGCAGGUGGUUCAUCUCAUUCUAGAAUUUACUGACGAGAUUUCCAUAACAGUUGUUAUUUAAAAUGAGGAGGCUUUCCUAUUUAGCCCCAAAAUUUUUAAAUCUCAUAUUUCUGUAAGUGCUUGUUAACAUCUUGUUAUUUUUUAUUUUUAUUACGUCAUACUUUUAAGUGCGUUUAUUCGGGCACAAAAUUAUGUUCAUAAUAAUUCCUGUAUUUUAAAAAGUAAGGGAGUGAUAACAUUGUAGGGACCGUUAAAUGCUGUUUUUAUUUUGGUUUCACUGGACGACAUACAAUCAGCAAAGUAUUUUAAAAUAUCAACUAAUUGACAAACUUGAAUAAUUUUUAUUGUAUUUCUUUUUUUCUUCCAAACAAGUACACCCAAUAAUUUUUAAUCAUUUUGGACAACAUCAUUUGUGUGUCUAUAAAAAGGAGGUAGUAUAAUACAGACACACCAGCAUGUUAACCUACUUUAAUCAGUAUUUUUUUUUUAUUGGAUUUUCGGCUUUAUAUCAAAACUAUAAGUUGGACAAUUUAAUAAAUUAAUUUGAUAGAAAGAAGUCAAGCUGCUGGCCACAGUACAAUGAUUUAAAGAAAUUUGUGUAAAAAAAAGUUAAAAAAAAUGUGAUAAUAUAUCAAAUAUUUAUUGAUUGUGUGUCCAAAAGCAGUAUUAUAUAGUAAGUAAUAUCUAAUAAUGUUAUGACUCCUUUACAACUUCGUGUAAUUAUAUGUAUGUAUUAGAAAUUAAAUAAAAACUACCUAUUUCAUCACCCUUUAAGAUUCCAAUUGAUGAGAAUAUGUUCCUUAAUAAAGUCUUUUAUUUAUAUGUAAAAUACUGGCAUUAAGGUUCUAUAUAAUAUCAAAAACUAUUCCGGGCGGCGACCAACAAAACUAAUUAUAUAAAUAUUCUCUUUAUAUGUGAAUAAAUAAAACAAUUUAUUAAUUAUAAAGUAUAAAAAUGUAACGCAUGUUCUUAUUUUCCAACAUUUUAAUAUAAUUAUGACUUAGCCGUUAUUUAUGAUACAGACCUAAAAUGACAUUAUAUUUGUAUAAAAUCUUUACUUUCUAUUAUUGUCAAUGGAUAUGUACAAAUUGAUUACAUGUAAUUAUUUAUAUUAAAUCUUUAAAGGCGAA